UCCGUAUAUACGUUUUUCUCAAAUAUUUUUUCGUCGUCCGUUUUUCCAUUCUCUUGUUAUUAACGGAGAUGGAUAUCGACACACAUAAGUCAGUGUCAGGUUAAAUGAAAAUAAUGUCAGUCGACGUUGAGUGUUUGAUGUGGUAAGACGGGUUCGAAAAAGAAAAAGAUUUUACGAUUUCUUCAACGUUAUACUUCGAUUAGAUCCAGUGAAUGUGUUCGUUUCAAUAUUAUAUGAAAUUUUAAUGUUUUCAAUGAUUAACUAGUGCGAACUGACAAAUGCACAAAUGCACAAUUAAAUGUUGUCUGCAACGAACAAAACAGAAAUUAGUUUUGUAGUGCCGCGUUCCUUGAAUGGUUUAAAAAAAAGAGUUUCCGAACGAGAUAUCCUGCUUUUAUGUAACUUUUUCAGCACUAAAAGUUGUAUUAAAGUUUUCGGUUUUCCAGCUAUUAUACAGUCGUUUGCAUUUUACAUUGCACUGAAAUGAAUUUCUUAUUUUUCAUCAGUUGAGUGUAACUUUUUUUGAGCGUGAAUAUCUAGAAGGAUUUUUGUAUUUGUGUUGUGAAAUAGAAACAAGUCAUUAUCAACAGUGUACGAUUUUCACAAACAACUUUUGUUACUUCAAAAUUAAAUAUUUCGAGAAAUUCUUAGUUCAUCAUGCUAGAUUCAAUUCAUCGAUUUCCCAACUGAUACGAUCAGCCGUUUCUAUUAAAGAAAGUGAUGGUAACGUCAUGCUGUCAACUGCAGUAGACAUUGCUCAAAAUUACAUGAAUAUAACGCUGGAUUUGUGUGCCCUGAAACAUGAAGAUUUUAUUAUACCGGAUGGAGGAACAUAUUGUAAUUGGACAUUCGACUCGUUUUUAUGCUGGCCACCAACACUUGCAGGAAAAGUUGUUCGUCAAAAAUGUCCCAUUCGACAUGGCAUCGAUUCAACAAAAUCGGCGGAACGGCGUUGCAGUUCGGAGGGACAGUGGGAAAGUCGUUUCGGAGAACCAGAUCCUGUUGGCUGGACAAAUUUUACUCCUUGUUUUCGGCCUGAAGUUAAUCAAUUACUUAAAAAAAUCUAUGCCGGUGGAAAUGAUGACGUCGGAAAGAUAAAAUUUAGCAUAGCUGAGCGUACACGAUCGUUGGAAAUAUUUGGACUGAGUCUAUCGUUGUUGGCGUUAUUAAUUUCGUUGAUGAUAUUUUGUUACUUUAGAAGUUUACGAAACAAUAGAACGAGAAUACAUAAAAACUUAUUUGUGGCUAUGGUUAUACAAGUUAUAAUACGGUUGACGCUGUACCUGGACCAAGCUUUAUUACGUAGUCAAGAAUCUGGAAAUGGUAGUGUUUCUGGUAUUGAUAAUACGCCAUUUUUAUGCGAAGCUUCUUAUGUUUUACUCGAGUACGCUAGAACUGCUAUGUUUAUGUGGAUGUUUAUCGAGGGUUUAUACUUACACAACGUCGUAACGGUAACUGUGUUCCAAGAUCGCUUCCGGUUGCAUUUGUAUGCAAUACUCGGCUGGGGCGGUCCGUUGAUUAUGACAGCAAUUUGGGCCGGACUCACGUCUUAUUACAAAAAGGGUGAAAAAUGCUGGUGGGGAUACAAUUUAACGCCACUGUAUUGGAUCUUAGAGGGACCGCGUUUAGCUGUGAUUUUAUUGAAUUUUUUCUUUCUUCUGAAUAUUAUUCGUGUGCUGGUUGUAAAAUUACGACAAAGUCACACUUCGGAAGUGGAACAGGUAAGGAAAGCAGUUCGAGCCGCCGUCGUAUUGCUACCACUAUUAGGAAUCACAAAUUUAUUGCUGAUGAGCGAGGCACCACUAGAAAAGAGCGCUUUCCAAUUCGCCUUGUGGUCGUACGUUACGCAUUUUUUUACCUCUUUUCAAGGAUUCUUUAUAGCAAUGCUCUACUGCUUUUUAAAUGGCGAGGUUCGUGCUGUCUUGCUGAAAAGUAUUAGUGUCUAUUUAUCAACAAGAGGUUAUGGAGACUGGAAUCCACGUCGACACUCAAUGUUUUCUGCCAAUUAUGCCACAGCACCAGUCUCUGAACCACCUGCGGUGGACGAGACUCCAAAUAGCAGCACUCAACCAACAUCGAGACGACAUCGAAAUUGGUGUACCUUCUGCUUUCCGGAACGUAAAAUCGCAAAGGAAUCAAAUGGAAAUGGAACCGUCAAAAUCACGUCAACAUUACCGCCUGAAACCUGUGUGUGAUGAAUAUGUUUUAGAGUGAAAAAGCAAAUGGAUUCAGUCAAUAAAUUUUAAUUGUUUCUUACAUUCUCGAUAAACGGUCAUUGUCCGUUGAUAGAAUUUAAAAAUAUUUAUUAUCGUCAUCACAGGGAGAUUACAUGUGCUAAUUGCUAUCUGGAAUCGAGUUUCGAGGAAUAUUUCGAGUGUGUUUUCGAGACAAAGACAAAGCCUAAUUUUUUAUAAAAUCUGACAAAAAUUGUUACAAAAUGAAAAGUCAGAGCGUUUUAUUGUUAUCGAAGUUGUAUAUAAUGCUCUAGUAGUAAAGGAUUCAUUGUGCAUUUAAAUCCGUAAAAUGAAAAUAGAUCGACUUUACGAGUUUGCAAAACAGAAGGACACAGAUUAUUUGGGCAAAAAACUCAUAGAAGGUUUAAGUGACAUACAGGAUGAACGAACACAGGAAUUAAAUUGCUUUUUUCCAAGGAAAAAGCGACUUUUAUCUAAUUCAACUCGAAAGGGUACAAGUGCACAGCAAGUUGAAACAGAAGACACUGGACUCAUUGCACAAACUUGUACGAACGAGGCACAUAUUUUAUAGAUUACGUCCUUGUUUCGUUUGAACGUUUUUAUUUUGACGAGUGAGACGUAUAUAUAACAUAAAUAGGACUUUCGAUAUUUUUAACGUUGCGGUUGGCAACGGACUAUUCGAAGAUGUACGAGUAUGUGUUACAUAGAAAGUGAAUGAAGGAAAAAUAAAUAAUGCCCCAACAGCCAAGGCUGUAAACUUUAUGCUCAUAACAAA